UUGGUGACUUGGUCAGUUUAAUUUAGAUUUUGUUUGUGUGAGCAUCGAUUUGUAAUUGCCGCUGGCGAAAGUUUUGUUCUCGAUAAAAUUCAAUUGUCUAUGGAAACCAUUACAAAAUAUGUUUUAAGUUGGUAAAAUAAAACUUGUGAAUCAAGUUAUUUUAAAACCAUUCAAAGCUAAGGUCCUAAUAUUUUCGCAAGAAAAAAAUACAAAAAAGCACACCCCUAACUUGGCUGUAGUAUGUGUGUGUGUGUUGUGUCUCUGUGUUAGGGAGUAAAUAGAAUAUCGUACAAGGGUUGAAUAAAAAAGCAAAUUUAUCUUAAUUAUUCAUAAAAAAAGAAAAAAGUCCAUACGCAGUUGCCGUGUUUUUAUUGUACGAAUAAAUUUUAUUUCUUAACUCAUUUUAAGUGGUGUGGUUACUUCCAUCCAAGAUAAUAAUAAUUUAUAUAAAAAAGUGACCUAAUUUUUCUUCAUCGCAUCAGAAAUUAAACGACGAGGAAAAUAAAUCCAGUAAAUAAAACGGUCCAUCGUUAUCGCUGAACCUUGCUUGCCCUUUGUUUUUCAUUUGCAAUGCGUGAUCUCGGUACGAAAAUGGCCGAGCUAAAAUUUGAGGCUCCUUUAGCUAAGUUCGAAGAGUCCGACGAGUGGGGUGGCUGCGAUUUCAUCACCCAAAAUGCCAUUAACGAUACACUUAAUCUCAAUCUGAAGGAAGCCGAUGCAAAGAUUCUUCUUUUCGAAGAGGCUGUUCGGGAUGUUAAUAACAGCAAGAAUGGAACAACGAAUUGCAAUGAAAACAUCAAUAUGGCAAUGGAUAAUGCCACCAAUUGUGGAGGCGGUGGAAUAUUCAACAACAACGAUAAUGUAGAUAAUUUUACAGAAACAUUUAGUGGCAGUCUAGAGGAUUUGGUCAAUACUUUCGAUGAGAAAAUAACUAAAUGCUUUGGAAACUACGAGCAAAGUGUCGAGGAGCUGGCACCAGUUCAAGUGCGUUCCCAGGAAGAAAUAAUGAAUGAAUGCCAAAUGUGGUGGACAAUUACUGGAAACUUUGGAAAUAUCCUUCCAAUCGAUUGGUCUAAAUCAUACACCCGACAAAUGCACAUGCCAACUUUGAAUUUAGCCGACAAUCGUCAAAAGCAAAAUAAUACAACCUCCACAACCAACAGUGAUGGCGCUGGUAAUAAUGGCAUAACAUCACAAACACCAAAUGGAAUUUUGGACGAGUUGAAUGACCUAUCUAGUGAAGAUGAGGCUGUUGCCAAUGAUCUUGAUAUGCAUGCGUUAAUAUUAAACGGAAUCAAUCCAGAACAAGAAGAACCCAUUAAAAGCGUUGAAGAAGUUAUCAAAGAAAUAGAUGAUAUAAUGGAUGAGGCCACACCUUCCGAGGAUGACGUAUUAGAUUCAGAAGUCAUGGAAAAAGCAAAAGAGGUGCUGGGAGCACCAUUGUACGCAGAUAAACUACAAUAUCUAUCAAUAUCGCAGCUUAAUGAGUUGUACAUGGAAAUGGAAGUUUUAAUUCAGGAAUUCAGUGAAACACUCAUUAAUGAGCUGGCAUUGCGCGAUGAAUUGGAAUAUGAGAAGGAAUUGAAAAACACAUUUAUUUCAUUAUUAUUGGCCGUACAAAAUAAAAGAAGACAAUUCCAUGUUGAAAAGAAAAGGGGCAAAUCACAGGGCCAAGACCCCAAGUAUCUAACAACUGUUAUUCCUUAUCACAUGGAAAAUGGAACACCUAACAAUCAAGCAUUACAAGUGUUGAUAAAAAUAUUGAAAGCGAUCAAUGAAGACAGUCCAACUGUACCCACAUUACUCACAGAUUAUAUCCUUAAAGUCUUGUGCCCAACAUAGGUCGAGGUUAAAAAAUAUUCGCUUAAGCAAGCGCUAAUUAAUUUCAAAAGAAAAAAUAAGAAAUUAAAUAGAUUAGUUAACACUUUUAUUUAUAAAGUAAAAUAAAUUUCAUAUAUAUAUAUAUAAAAUCAAAAGCAAAGAUAUACAUUCAAAAUUUAACAUGCAAUACCACUCUGCAGUUUUUUAUGUAAAUUUAUCCAGGUUACAUAUAAUUACCUAUAUAAAAAAAAACAAUAAACCUAAAAUCAUAUUAUUACUAAUAAAUACAAUAAAUAACUGCACCAUCUCAAAAAAAAAUACUAAAUGUUAUAAAAACAACACUUUUAUUCCAAAAUCCCAUUGAAUUGUCCUAAAAUAAGAUAAAAGUAAUUUUUAAACUAUCCUUAAAAAUUUGUAUCAGGUUAUUUAUAACACAUUUUCUUGGCAAUUUGCACAAUUUGCGCUACAUUACAACCAAAUUUUUUGAACCCGACAUAUGUACAGACAGUUUCACUCCUUUUUUAAAAUAUCAUCAAUGUCUGCAAGGUUUUUGCUCCUUGAGAAAAUAUAGAGCCUGUAACACAAAGCUAAAAGUACUUGUAAUACCUUGGUCUUGCAGGCAGUUAUUUUAAUGAACAAAAAAAAGACUUCCAAUCAAUCAAUUGGUGUUUUUAACAAAAGAAAAAAAUGCCAAUUGUCAAUACAACUAUGUUCAUACUUGAUUCGAUUCAUUUUGGAUUGACUUUUUUCGUUAAGUGGAGUUGUAUUUUGAUUUUUGUAGAAACGUCAAAUCAAUCACAUUCUAUUAGUACUAAUACUUCAUGAGAAAAAAGUGGUGAAAUCGUGAGCGAUAACCUAAAGGUCUUUAAAAAAAUUAAGCAAAAUGUUCUUUACACUGCUUACCAUUUUUGAAUUAGCACUUCCAAGCAAAAAGUCUAGGGAAAUUUUUGUUUUUUACAACUGUAAAGAGUUUUGUUUGUGUUACAGAAAUCAUCUACACUUGUAAGAUUAAUAUUGUCCUACAAUGAAUAUAAACCAGACGAAUUUUGCAUGUAUCUGAACAAAAUUCACCAAAUAAUUAUUGAAAGAGGAAUUCUGUGAUGUUUUUUCAAAGAGAUGAUUCAGGUUCAGUUAUGAAACUACUCAUGAGAAAUUAUGUUGAUCAAUAUUUUUUUUUUCAACGUUGCCUUUAAUUAGUAUAUUUGGACUUGUUUGUACAUUUUUUUAAAUAGAAAUAAAUAUAUCGAUUUUUAUGUAAACAUUAAUUUUAGUUUUAAGUGUGUACAAUUUUGUGUUUUUAGGAUAAAAAUAUAAUUUUUCAAUUAAUAUUUGAUCAGAAACAAUAUCUCAAAUGAUUUUAUAAUACAUUAUUAUUUAAAUAAGUUGUAUAUAACAUAUUAUAAUUUACAUAUUUUUGAAAUUGAAUUUAAUAAAUGUGUAUGUGGAAUAAGCAACACAAUUGAAAUUGGUAUGGUCUCUUUCUACUCAAUAUUUCAGAAGAAAAUAAAAACGUCUACACGGAGUAAUUUUGAACAAAGCAGCGCUAUAAUUGACCGGCCACAAUAAUUUUUAUAACAAAAAGGUCACCAAUAUCGCAAGAUGGUUGACUAGCAAAAUGUGUAGUACUUUGUUAUAAAAAUCAUCCAAAUGAAUAAUUUAACUAAUGUUGGUGAACAUAUUGUUAAGAUUGUUGUUUAUGUAAAAUCCUAUAAUCUGAAUCCAAUCUCUGUUCAUAAAUUCCGUUGAUUAACGUAAUUUGGCUAUUUGUGGGUUUGCUGGACAGAACGAAUACCAAACCUGAAAUUGAGUCGUUUUAACUUUUAUUUUUGUGUAUUUUGCUCCACACCAAUUUCAAGUCUUGAUUUGUUCCACAUUUCGCUUAAAAUUAAAAAAAAAAACACUACGCAGUUAAACUUUGCCAUAAAAUAUAAUUUAAAUAAAAUGCAACCUACAAAAUACAAACAGUUUUAUUUUAAUACUCAAAAAGCUUAGCUUUAGACUUUAUUUAAUUUAAUUAUAUUUUUAAGUUAUUUCUUUCUAUUCUGUGGUAUUAUUUUAAAUCUGAAUUGCAUAUUAUUAAUACAAGAUAAAACUAAUAUCUACGCACAUUUAAAAGUAAAAGUGAUUUUUUUACAUUUAUCUAAUUUCACUUUUAAACUCUACCCGUACUAUUAAAUUUAAUUGAUCGGGUUAAAACAAUACUUAGAUAUUAAAUCAAACAACAAAUAAAUUUUCUAUUUUUCAACUUAAAGAUGGAAAAGAAGGCUUAAUUAUUUGUUGAUAAAAUACCUAACAUCUUUUGCACUUAGUAAUUUGUACGGUACCUUUGAUGAACAAACAUUCAAAAUAAGUUUUAAAUAUAUAUCUCUCUCACUUGCAAAAAAAACGAACAAAUAAGAGCGAUUGUAGCUUCUCUUCAUUAGAAAAAUAUUUUAAACCAAAAUAAUAAAGUAGAAUCAAAAAAUACAAUUUUAGUGCUGCUUUGAAAAUAAACAAUAUUUAAAUGAUACAAAAAUUUUAUCUUAUUUAUAUUAUUUACAAACAAAAUUUAAUCAUAAAAUUUUAUGGAAUACUAAAUAUAUUUACGAAAUAUUACAAGAUACAAACAAAAAAAAUUAGAUAAAAAAAGAGUUUAAUAAAUCCUACACAAUUAAAAAAGCAAAAUAUUUAAUAGACACAAAAUAUUAGAUAUUUAUCUAUUGUAAGCUAAAUUGAUAGAAAUACUUUUAACUAUAAUCUGAAAGUAUCUCAAAAGGUUUAAAAAGAAGUGCUGAACUAGUAAACGUCUAGAUAUUAAAUGUAUUUAAGUAACAGUCAAUCGGAUUUACUAUUCAAAUAUUAAAAACACAAUUUAUUCUCUCAAGCAUUAUAAACAUUUGGUUUGAUUAAUUAAUUUAUGUUUCAACAAAAGUAUGAUAAAUGUAAAAUUAUAUAAAAGAAGUAAAUUAUUAUAUAUAAUGAACAGAACAUGUGCAUUUUAAAAUGAUAAGUGAAUUCACAAAAGCUUAUGAAAAAUUGCUUGAAAUAAAAUAUUAAAAAAAAAUA